AUGCAGUGUUUACAAAAAUAUUGCGGCUCGCCGAACAGAUUGGUGGAACGCGGCCUGGAUUUGCAUCUGCGUGCAAAACGCGCCAAAGAUUGUCUGCGUUGGGGUUCUUUGAAUGUAGUGUUGCUAGCGAUACUGCUUUUCGACAUAUCUAAUCAGUGUCCAUAUGCGUACUCCAAAUGGUACUAUGUAGAAUAUUUGGCGGCUGCGCUAUCGGGACUUGGAGCAUUUUCAUGCUUCUUAAAGUACUUUCUCUACCUAUUCCAUACGAAUCCAAUAUUGGGUACAAAGGAACAGAAAAACUUACUCAAGUUUGAUGAGUGUGAUUCCUCAUUUGUUGUUACACCGCCAGCGCAAAGAAAAAAGCAAUCAUGCGAUGAUUUGGCGCCUAGUCAAAUCAACAACACUCUUCUAAGCUGGCAUUCAUCGUUUAACGACUCUCGCGCUGCAAUGUCUCACAACUGGAGUUACAGCCGCACUACGCCGCCACGUACCAGCUUUAGCCCGCAGCAACAAACGGCACCGCAUAAUGCGUCUUGGAAUUCUUCUAUGGGCAACAGAUCACUCACGCUUCCAGCAAAUACUAGUGGUUUAAACAAUACCAAUCCCAUGAUCGAAUCUUAUCCUAAAUACAGGCGUGAGGAGCUGAUAACCGAUAAAGAGACCCUAAAACAAUAUCUAAAAGAAUUUUCAAUGCAUGAGCAAAGCAUGAACGACACAGCCGAUGUGAGCCAUCACUAUAAUACAGGUUCAGUGAAUUCAUUCUGGAACUAUUGCAAUACAGCAGCAAAUAUGCUAAAAACUUCCAUUUAUCAACUGGCUCCAAUGACAACACCUUCCAUACCCAGUAAACAAUCAGCAAGCGAAGAUGGUGGCCUGAAAUUUAUGGAUAGCAAUUCGGAGAUUAUAAGACGUAUUUCAUCUGAAAAACUAUCGCAAUAUGUGGCCAACUUGAGAAGGUGGAUGUCUGCAACCAUUCUGGAGCGUUUAGCUAAAGAAAUUAAAAACAUAGAUGAGUCAUUUAAGAAUCGUGGAUUCGCUGAUAUGCGUAUGGGUGGCAUUGGACUGGAGCGCCUAAAGAAAACUGUUGAAAACCAACAAUUUGUUAAUCAAUACAUGCCAAUGUUGCCAUUGAUUCUGCCAUUUUUGGAAAUGUCUAGUAAUCAAGAGUAUUUAGUACAGCGUAUUAAAGAUUUGGCAGAAGGCUCUUGCAUAGCUGACUACCGUUGGAACUCAGGUGCAGCUUACCAUGGUCUAAAAUGGGAUGAGCAUCUACCCACUGAUUCGGCUAUAUUGUUUCACCUAUUUUGCGUUUACAUGGAUAGUCAACUAAUGCCUCUGCCACAAGGUGGUGGUCGCCCCUUCUUCAGUCGUUAUGUGAUAAUAGGCAAGGAGAAACGUUCUGCCAAGGAAACGGUAGCGCUUGUUCAAAAUAAAGCACACUGCGCUAUACUAUGUACGAACCCGCAGAAGCCACGUUUUAAUUUCAUAAGUGAUAAAGAAAUUCAUACAUGCGCCUACGAUCGUAAUAAUCUCUUCUAUGUGAUCAUACAAUUUUUAAUCUACAUGAAGACCCAUCAAGAAGGUGCGUUGGAAGGUGUCAAUCUUGGUAAAAGCGGCAUUAAUGUUUUGUGUGUCAUCGAAAGCUGAACAUCGGAUUUAGCCAAGUAAUUUUUACGCUUUCCUCACUCAUACUCAUACAUAUGUAAGUCGUAAGCAUUAUUAUAAUAUGAAUACAAUUACACUUAAGUAACUAAUUAAGACUUGACAUGUGGAUUGAAUUAAAUCUUAGACUACAUUCUAAUUUGUUAACAAAAAAUAUAAGUUUCUACGGUUUUAAAAUUAAGUUAUUGAGAGCUGAUUAAGGCCGUUUUAACAGUAUGGCUUAAUCGCACAGUCUCGACUCGCAGUACAAAAAUUUGAAGUUAGUUGCCAAACAAGUGUUAACUCGCACUGUAAAAAUGGUCUUAAAUGAGACCUAUGUAGCCAAAUAUAAGCUUGAGGUUAUUAUUUUUUUUGGUAAGAGUAGAAAAGUAAGAAUGCUUCAUGUGAAUCUGAAUAUUAAAAGCUGCUGAAUGAGAAUGAAACCAAGAAAGCAAUUUUGAAGACACAUGAGAUUACUUACACUCGCACGUAAAUAUGUACGUACUACUUACGUAUGUCACGCAAAAAUUCGUAGUAGCAAUAAUUUUGCAAGUAGUUUUCGCGUAAACUUUUAAUUAAAGAGAUUUACUGAUUUAUAUCGCAAAUCCAUGGUACAUUCUUUUGGACAUUAAUCGUUUUUGUGCUGCGGAUUUAUCGUGUCACUGGAGUGAUUUGUGGCUGAAAUACAGCGCGCAAUGCCGCAACAGCAAAAGGCAGAUGCAUACCAAAUACAAUCAUGCAACAUAUAUACAUAAAUGGAAAGUGGCUGAAGGUAAACUAAAUUGUUGUGUAGCAUAAUAAAAUAAAGCGUUGUUAAAGUGGUAACAGUGUUUUAA